AAGGUCACCAAAGUAGAAAUUAAAAAAGGAAUCAUAAUCACUUCAACUCUAAAAUUCUCAUCAAGUCUCCUAUAUAAACAUCUCCACUUCUCAAAGAUCACAAACAAUGCCUUCAAUUUUUGGAUCGGCCCCUAUCUUGGCCGUGGUGGCCAUACAACUCCUCCUUAUACCCAGCGUUGUUUCUUCCCUCAACGUUACCAAUGAGUAUAUCCACCACGCAUGCAACAACACCCAAGGGAAAUUCAAGCCAGGGAGUGUGUUCGAGAAAAAUCUCAAUAUCGCCCUCAAAAAUAUAUCCGCCUUUAAUCUGCACAAAGGUUUCGCCCUUGACUCUAAUAUGGAUAGACCCUACAAAAAUAUACCUCCCGAUACCGCCUUCGUCAUGCUCCAGUGUCGUGGCGACUCCUACGGGUCUAAGUGUCGCUCGUGCCUCGCCACAGCCCUCUCUGGGCUUCGUAAGAAAUGUCCGAGAAACAAAGCAGGAACAAUAUGGUAUGACCAAUGCACUCUGGAUAUUUCUACAUACAGUGCCGGCGACAGCAGAAUCCUCUACGAUAAUUAUUUUUGUAAGGAGAACCCAAAGGACCUGAGCGGAGAUACGCAGAUGUUCAUUAAGAAGAAGGUUGCUUUCACCGAAAAGCUAUUGUCUGAAGUCAAAAAGUUGGGCAAAAACGGGAAGGGGCCACUGUACGCAACAGGGGAGACGAUGAUCGGGACAAAGAAGCUUUAUGGAAUGAUGCAAUGUACGGACGAGUUAUAUGAGAAUGGUUGCUAUGUGUGCCUAGAUUGGAUUAUCAGUGAGCAUCCAUUGUGCGGCCGUGAAAAACAAGGAGUUAGAUAUUUGUGUAGAAGUUGUAAUGCAAGGUUUGAGCUUUACCCUUUUCUUAGAACUUAAGACUGUUUGAUGGGAGCUCUUUGUUUGAUGUUUGAAUAGGUGCUAUAUCAGGGAAUAAAAAGUCUUAUUCUCUUUGUUGUUAAUUUAUAUAACACAACAGUAUGUAUGGAGAGGUCCUAAGCUUCUUUUUAUUUUA